CGAGCAGCUAAGUUAUCUCCCCCCGUGAACACUUCCAGUUCACUUGCACCAUCACUCUGGAUCAACGGUGUUAAACUAAGCCUGGCUCAGCGAUGACUUUGGCCGAGGCAGGAACGGCCACGGCCGCAGCGAACGGCUUCGCAGCAAGCAGAAAUGGAGGUAAGCUAAACCCGAGAGGCAAGCGUAAGUCCACUGGGACUCGGCGCAAGGUGUGUGCAAUCCAAUGGCACAAACCGCUGCAUCGGACACUGACGUAUGAUGUUACAUGCACUCUUUCGAUUAUUACAGGAGGAAAUGGAAAAGCUUGGAAAGGAAGUGGAAAAGUUGCAAGCCAAAAUUGAUACAUUUCAAAAGAACGAAGAGGCCAAACUGGAGCAAAAUCUGCGCGAGUCGAACUAUAUCCGCCAGGCUGUGCUGCAACAGCAAGCGUCGCUGGUAAACGUGCAGUCCGCACUGUCCAGAUUGACUACAACGCAGCCUGGAGCUCCCCAUGCGACGAGUAUUCGUCUUGGAAGUGAUUUUGAAGUGCGAUGGAAGACUUUAAAGGAAAUGAAGCCCAUCAAACUGCGGGCAGCGCAGCAUUAUUUGAAGGAAAGAGGGCGCUUUGUAGAUGAUACUAGUGUAUUCUCGUUCGCAACGCGCUUCAUAGAUCGGGACGGCUGCUCCUGUGGCCAGAUCUACGACGUCGUGCCAUUUGAAGGCGUCAGCUCUGUCAAGCUCGUGUUCGACGCGUUGCAGCACUAUUUUUCCAACAUGGAAAUCCGAGUUACAGAAAACCUGGGCGAUAUUACAAUUAGAGAAGAUGACGGCAGCUCCGAGCCGGGGAUUUCUCAGUGUCGUUUUGUGUCACACUUGACGAACGGCCCGGUGCUUGAAAUGAACACUAUCAUUUGCUCCGAGUUCAAAGAGGCUGAUGACGAAUUCGGAGCUGGCGGUCCAGUGGGGAUUUUCACAGAAGACUUUGUGGACCAGGACGAUCUGUAUCCGUAUUUCCCAGAAGAGCGGAUUCGUCAAGAUGCCACAGUCGUGACACAAGUGCGAUGUCAUGUGAAAAAAAAUCAGAAAUGACAAAGGGGCGGAAGAGGAACGACCAAUUGUUGUGAUGCAGCGCUGGGCUCAUUGCAGGACACACAAAACCAAAUUCCCGCUAUCAACUGAAAUUCUUCGCGAACUCAGAGAGAAAAGCACCCGUUGGAGCGACGCCAAGCUCGAUGCAGUCCGAGAGUUUGUCUACCACUCAAAGUAACUUCCAUACGGAAAAAAUAAAGCUGACUAAAGGUGUUUUUCAUGACGUGAAGGAUUUCAGAUGAUCAUUGGAAUUUGGUUUGUUUGAUAAACCCAAGCGCUGCGAUUCCCUUUGAGAAGAUGGUAACACUUCUAGUACUCCAACGUCGUACGCU